AUGGCGGAACUGGAGCACCUGGGUGGGAAACGGGCCGAGUCGGCGCGGGUGCGGCGGGCCGAGCAGCUGCGGCGCUGGCGGGGCUCGCUGACCGAGCAGGAGUCGGCGGAGCGGCGGGGCUCCGGGCGGCAGCCGCCGUCGUCCCGCCGCGGGGGGCCUCGGGUCCGCUUUGAGGACGGGGCCGUCUUCCUGGCCGCCUGCUCGAGCGGGGACACGGACGAAGUGAAGCGGCUGCUCGCCCGGGGAGCAGACAUCAACACGGUCAACGUCGACGGGCUGACAGCCCUGCACCAGGCCUGUAUUGAUGAAAACUUGGACAUGGUGAAGUUCCUAGUGGAGAACAGAGCCAAUGUAAACCAGCAGGACAAUGAGGGCUGGACUCCUCUUCAUGCGGCAGCUUCCUGUGGCUAUCUUAACAUAGCAGAGUAUUUCAUUAACCAUGGAGCCAGUGUGGCUGCAGUGAAUAGCGAAGGUGAAGUCCCCUCCGACCUUGCAGAAGAGGCAGCAAUGAAGGACCUGCUUCUGGAGCAAGUGAAGAAGCAAGGGCUUGAUCUGGAGCAGUCGAGAAAAGAAGAGGAGCAGCAGAUGUUGCAGGAUGCUCGCCAGUGGCUCAACAGUGGUAAAAUUGAGGAUGUGAGACAGGCUCGUUCAGGGGCCACCGCUCUCCACGUGGCUGCUGCUAAGGGCUACUCCGAAGUUCUCAGGCUUUUGAUUCAGGCUGGCUAUGAACUGAAUGUUCAAGAUCAUGAUGGCUGGACUCCCCUCCAUGCUGCUGCACAUUGGGGAGUGAAAGAGGCUUGUUCCAUCCUGGCAGAAGCACUCUGUGACAUGGAUAUCAGGAACAAACUGGGCCAAACACCCUUCGAUGUGGCUGAUGAAGGGCUUGUGGAACACUUGGAGAUGCUCCAGAAGAAACAGAAUGUGCUUCGAAGUGAGAAAGAAACAAGAAAUAAGCUAAUUGAAGCAGACCUGAAUGGCAGAUUGCAGAGUGGACUCUUUAAAAACAAAGAGAAGAUUCUGUAUGAUGAGGAAACACCCAAGUCCCGAGAAGCAGAGGAAGAGCUUAAGGAAUCUAGCAGCUCUAGCUCAGAAGAAGAGGAAGAAGGUGAAGAGGAAGCUUCCGAGUCCGAUGCUGAGAAGGAGGCAGAUCAAAAGCCAGAGGCUGUUGUCAACCACUCCAGCUCUGAAUCUAAGAGUACCAUCAUGGAGCAGAUACCACCACCAUCUCAGAAUAUCUUCUCUGCUUCUCCUGCCAGAAGAUUCUCCUCUAGUUUCUUCAGUAAGGCAGAAGAGCCCAAGGACGAGUCACCCGCCUCGUGGCGCCUUGGGCUCCGGAAGACCGGCAGCCACAACAUGCUGAGUGAGGUGGCCAGUCCUCGGGAAGCUUUGAGGGAUCGAGGCUCCUCCAUCUGCCGCUCCUCAUCGAGCCCCAGGAUUUCUGCACUGCUGGACAACAAAGAAAAGGAGAGGGAAAACAAAAGCUAUUUUUCCUCACUAGUACCCCGGAGGCUCAAUAGCGCAAGUGACAUUGAGGAAAAGGAAAACAGAGAAUCAGCUGUUAAUCUGGUGCGGAGUGGCUCCUACACUCGGCAGCUUUGGAGGGAUGAAGCAAAGGGAAAUGAAACUUCUCAGACUGGUGCUCCUUCCACCUAUGUAUCAACCUACUUGAAAAGUGCUUCAUUUGGUAGAAGUAGUGACCCCACCAGUCCCUACAUUUCAGCCAAUCGCAAUUCAUCUCCUGCUACCUCACCCACUACCAUUGGUUCAUCUACCUCUCGAGGCAGCCAGUGGCAACCUGCCUCUUCCUGCCCUGCACCAAUCAGUGCAAAUACUACUGCAUCUGUUCACCAUGGCAGAACUCCUUACAAGCUCCAUGCAGAUCCAUCUGUGGAAAAAGCUGCAGAAAGUGUGUCCUCUAGCACCCCGCUGUGUGUGAUCACCAAUCGCCCCCCGCCUAGCACUGCCAAUGGGGUUACAGCUGCCAAUGUGCUCUCAACUACUGGGACAGACUCCUCCACAGAAGCCAGGGAGAGGAGGCGGUCAUAUCUGACACCUGUACGGGACGAGGAAGCAGAGUCCCAGCGGAAAGCACGUUCCAGACAAGCUCGGCAGACUCGAAGAUCUACCCAGGGUGUCACUCUAACUGAUCUUCAGGAAGCAGAGAGAACCUUCAGCCGAUCCCGGGCAGAAAGGCAAUCUCAAGAACAGCCAAGCGAAAAAGCCGAAAGUGGUCUGGAGGGACUCGAGGGCAGCAGUGAAAAACAGGAGCCGCUCACAGCACUGACGAAAGAAACUGGGGAGAGCCGGCAGCAGCGAGGGAGUAGGAGCUGGGAUGAGGAGCCUUCUUAUGGACGACUGAGGUGCCUAACCCAGCAAGAUAAACCCACAACACCAGUUUCUCCUUCUGGGUCAAGCCCCUCCCUUUCCAUUGGAUCCUAUCUCCUCCGGGCAAGUAGGACCUCAGGCCUGGACUCUGAGAGUUCAGAAACUGCCACAAGCACUGCUAAGGACAUGGAAAAAAAUGAGAGUGAAGAUCCAGAUCUGGGUGACCACUCCUCCAAUAAGACAUCCAUCCGGGAGAGGCGCCGGCCCAAGGAAAGGCGAAGAGGGACAGGCAUCAACUUCUGGACAAAUGAUGGAGAUGAAGCUGACGUCACAGAAGAAAUGAAAGAGGCAUGGCACCUUGUGAAAUAUUCAUCCCCUGCUGCCUUCUGCUCCACAGACCAUGUCCAGACCGCCUUUGAAGUCCAAGGGUGUAAUGAGACUGUACUCUGCUACAUCAGAGGGAUUCUGUUGAUUAAACUGUAG